UAUAACGAUUCUCUUUAGAAGCAUGGUCCGUAUUAUUUUGCUAUGUUUCAUUGUUAUGGUUGCAGUGACAAGGAUUGACACCGCUUCCAUCACAGAUGCAAAGACGCUAUUCUAUAACAUAUCUACUGGGUAUAACAAAGAAGUCAGGCCAAUUGCUGACCAGAGCGAUACUCUGACCGUAUCUAUCAAUAUGUAUCUCAUCUCUAUCAAAGACUUCGAUGAGGUUUCGGGAACAAUGAAUAUCCUGGCAGUGUUUACCAUUAACUGGAAUGACGUGUCCCUAGUUUGGAAUCCAGCCGCUUACAAUGGGUUACAUGACAUCAACAUCGGACAAAAUAAUAUAUGGCUUCCGAAACUCUAUAACAUCAAAGCAUCGAACACAUUUAGUGCAAUCAGCGAUUCUGACCUUUUGGUGAAUAUUGCAAACAAUGGUGAAAUCAUCUGGCAGCCUGCUGGCUUCAUUGACGUCAAAUGUAGCCAAGACGUAUCAUACUUCCCAUUUGAUAGACAGACGUGUUCUAUACAAUUAGCACCAUGGGGUUAUUUUCAAAACAAAGUCCAGCUUCAGCCACAGAAAACGGAGGUAUCUUUAGAUUUCUAUGAAACAAAUGGAGAGUGGUCUUUGGAUAGAACUAUAACUGGAACGUAUGUGCUCAGUGAUAUCAGUCUAACAAUUUUUAAUAUUACAAUUUCUCGACUUCCGGCAUUUCAUAUUGUUAACACACUGAUGCCGAUAUACCUGCUGCUAGUCAUGAAUCCACUUGUGUUUGUGUUGCCAGUUGACUCAGGUGAACGCGUGGGAUUUAGUUUGACCGUGUUCCUCACCUUCACAGUAUUUAUCACUAUCGUGAACGGUGUCCUCCCCGCCAACUCUGAAAGCAUGUCCAGACUUUCCUACUUUAUAUUCGCCGUGCUCGUUGCUAGUGGUAUCAUCGCUUCAAUCAACAUCUUCCAACUUCGCUUGUACCACAAAGAUGAAAACUUACCAGUACCUCGGUGGUUGGUCAGACUCAUGCGAAUCCUCGGUUGUCAUUGCAGGAAGUCAAGAAGAAGAGUCAUUGAAGUUUGUCCGGUGAACGCGAUACCCAAGACGUUAGAUCAAAUUCGCAGUAAGAAAGGGCUGACAAUCCAAGAAGAAGAAAACGCAACUGAAGGAAUAGAGCAAGAUAUAACUUGGAAAGAUGUGGUGACUCAGGUGAACGCGUGGGAUUUAGUUUGACCGUGUUCCUCACUUUCACAGUUUUCAUCACUAUCGUGAACGAUGUCCUCCUUGCCAACUCUGAAAGCAUGUCCAGACUUUCCUACUUUAUAUUCGCCGUGCUCGUUGCUAGUGGUAUCAUCGCUUCAAUCAACAUCUUCCAACUUCGCUUGUACCACAAAGAUGAAAACUUACCAGUACCUCGGUUGUUGGUCAGAGUCAUGUGAAUCCCUGACUGUCAGUGCAGAAAGUAAAGAAGAAGAAGAGUCACUGUUGUAUUCCCGGAGAACACGGAAUCAAAAUCGACGAAUCAAAACCGCAGUAAGAAAGGACUGGUGAUCCCAGUAGAAAAAGGCACAGAAGAUACAGACGAAAGAACGACGUGGAAGGAUAGGGUGCGCAUUCUUGACAAUUUUUUUCAUAUGUCUUUCAUAUAGUAUAAUAACUGUCAAUAGCAUCGCUACUCUUGUCAGUAUGUCCAAAGGGGACAAUUUAUCUCUACCAGACUGCUUCUAGCUUAAUCAAUAUGCAUAUUGAUCAUAAUAAUUUAUAAAACAACUGAAAUUACAACUAAAGCGACAGUUAAAGAAGAUUCCAGACAUGAACACAGGUUAUAGUGAGUUUUCUCUCUAACUCCUUGUUUACAUUACAUGAUCAUGUACUUUUAAACAGAUACCGUGUAGUCCUUUCAGAAGUUUGGUGACGUUUCUGAUCGUGAAUAAAAUAUUUCGUAUAAAGCAGACUCAAAAAUAUAUAAGAAUUAAAAAAAGUACAAAAGUAGCCAGUAACCGAUU